UGCUCGGGUCGAACGCACACAUGGGCGCUCUCCGUUGCAGCUGAUGAACGUAAGCAGGAAUGGUGUAUUGAAAGCGUGUGUAUGCUGUCUGCUAUCAUAAGUCGGUAGCAUAUUUGUGUCGCGUUUUGCUUACGUUAUCGCUGACCUUCUAAUUGAGUGAAAAUUGAAUCGCAGAAUCAACAACACUCCGUCGAGCAGCCAAGCAGAGUCAGCAACAGCGUUGCAGCAAGCGAAUUCGUCGUCGUGUCUGUGAAUUUCAUUGCGUAACGGUUCUUGCACUACGGGUGACUUGCAGUGAAGCAAAGUGAGUGAAAAGUUGUCGUGAAAAUGUGGUGCAAUUGACAAAUGCACCGUACGGAUGUUUCUAGUCAUCCCUACAUCCGGCCACCGUUAGGAAACCAACCCCAAAGUCGGUCGAGAGGGAAAGGCGCACCUUAGCUGGCGGCGACCGAUGUGUUGGCAAGCGAUUUUCCCCUAAGCAACGCACCAACCAGGUGUGCAUCGAACUUAUACUAGUGUGUCGAUGUGUGCGUGUACUGUACAUGUGCUCUUGUUUACGCAUAUGCGUGCGUACCAGUAGCUGAAGCAGUUGGAAAAUAGCAGUUAUUCUGUAGAUGGUAUGCAGCAAACAGGGAAACAAGUACCUUGGGCUUAGAGCAGACCCAGAAAGAGACACCCGUGGUUAUAGGAUGUAAAACAAUAGAAUUAACUGUGUGCUGUUUGAUUAGUAUAUAGCGCUCGUUCCCUCUUUCCCAUUAGCUCCCGACGAAUGUUGUGAUAAUUUGAAGGACAAAGCUACGGGUCAAUCCAAAACACCUUGCGAAAAGGGCCUGACGAUCGUACCCGUCGAACCGUACGUACCUGCUGUGUGUAAAGUUGCAUGUGUAUAUACAUAAAUAAUUUAAGGUAGCCGAGCGAGAGAGCGAGCGAGCGAGUGUAUGUGUGUGUGUGUUUAUCAUUGUGUGUGCUUGAAAUAAUAGAGCCAAGCCAAAGGAGAUCGCAAGAAGGUGAAGAAGGCACAAGACAGCAGCGGCUGUCUAGGGCGAGCAAAAAACCCUCGUAAGGAAAGGGAAAAACCUCCAUCGUCAUCGUACGCGAGGAAAGUAUCAGAACUUGUGAGGGACCAAAAUGUCGUCGAUCGUUGACAUUAUCAAUCACUACCAGACCAGCAUCAACAAGUCACUAAAUGACACGGCAAGGAUCGUGCAUUGCAUCGGGAAGUUGUACAAGCUGCCCAUAUCCGUUCGACACCUGCAGGACACCGGCAUCGGGCGGACGGUCAACAGUCUCCGGAAGUACGACGGUGAGGUGGGCAUUGCAGCCAAAGCACUCGUGACAAAGUGGAAAGCGAUGGUAGCCUCGGAGGAAUCGGAUGACAAUACCGCCAACGCCGGGACGCACGGCGAAGGCGCGGAUUCCGAUGGACGUCAGAAUGACGAUGGCCAACGACGGAGCGAUAUGAGCGAUCAGGAAGAAGAUAACCACGAAGGCCACCAUAACCGUUCGUUGCCAGAUGAUGACGAUGAGGAUGAUGACGACGACGACGACGACGACGACGACGAUGAUGAUGAUGAUGACGGCGACGGUGAGGAUCGUGUAUCACAUCACAAUGCAGAUCGAGACGAAUCUUACGGAGAGACGCAGCACCGUGUGGACGACGAACCAAACCGUAACGAUAGCAAUAGCGAAGAGGAAGAAUCGGAUGGACAAUCUACACAGCCACAACAAGAAGUUCACUACCUCAUGCAUCAUCGUGAAGCGGAACCGCAACAUCUGAUAAGUCCGGAGGAAAAAGCAACAUCUAGCCAGUGGAAUGAUCACCAUCACAGUAGUAAGCGACAUUCGAGCGGCAGCAGCUCACGAAACCAACAUCACAGUUCCACGUCGAAAUCAUCCAGCGGCUCUAGCAGCGGACAGAGCAAACACAAAACGGACGGUAGCGAUCGGCGAAAAAAGAACGACGGUGAUCAUCACCACCGGCAUCAGUCAUCAAGUGGAAGGGAAUCGAAAUCACACAAAUCUUUUUCCUCCUCCUCCUCCUCGCGGGCCGACCAUCAUCAGGGUUCGUCCAAGAAAUCGUCAUCGCACGGUGACGGCGACCGGCACAAGGAUCGCAGUUCCUCAAAGCAUCACAGCAACAACGCAAACGAUCACGGCGCCGGUGGUAACAAUAGCAGUAGCGGCAGCAGCAGCAGCAGUAGUCACGCACAUAAAGAAUCUAGUCAUAGAGAAGGCCGGCAUCGGUCGAAGGAAGAGCGCAGCAGUAGUUCAAAACGACAUGCGACAGAAGGCGUCGACGCGGCACCGUCUUCGAAACGAUCUCGCAAGGAACAUAGACCCGAGCAGGGUGGCAGCGCGGAUACUGCCGGGCAAACGAAAACUUCAUCUCCGAAUGCUACCUCUACACCAUCAUCAUCCGCAUCACAUUCGAAGAGGGAUAAAUCGUCCUCCUCUUCCUCCAAGCGGCGCGAUCAUCAUCGCGAUAGAUCGGAAUCAUCCCGGGACCGGUCGGAGAGCGAAUCAAAGUCUAAAUCGAGACGAAAAGAUAAAGCCCGCUCCUCACCCGGGCCGAACCAAGAGCAAACCAAUGAUGACUCCGUGGGCGACGAUGUCCACGAGGAAGGUCUUGAUUGUUCCGGUGGAGCUAGCUUUGCCGAUGCGCUCGCCAUGAUCGGUAUGCCGUCCGGAUCGAAGAAAAAAGCUCCGGGAAGUAGUAAGGAAAAGGUGAAGGUAACGGUCGUUAAAUCUUCGCCCUCGUCCUCGUCAUCGAGCCACCGGGAUGGUCAAGCGUCCUACUCCAGAAGUAAGCACCAAUCCACUUCCUCUCUAUCUACAUCCACCUGCCGCAAUGGUGGUGUACCGACGGCAUCGGAUCUGCUGUCGCAGAACGUAAAGCUGGAACCGCUUCCGGAGGCUUCGGAAAUAGUGGAAUCGCUUCCGAUGAUUUCACCCCACUACCGUCCGAUGCCACUCAAUCAGACUGUGAUGGAGUGUGUGUUUAUGGGAGGGCAGGGUGGACGCGGCAAGGGCCGACCGCUGACCGAGGAGGAAGCGCUUGGCCAGAGCAUGCAGUCGAAAAAUCUACGUACGAAGGUUUACUCAGGGAUGAAGACGAACUCGAAGGGAGUCAUUCCGACGCUGUACGAGCUGUGCAUUCGGUUGCUGCAGGACCACAUCGAUGAGAUCGGUGCGACCGGCGGCAUACCGUUUUACAUCCUCAAGCCGGUGCUGGAACGGGCCAACCCGAACCAGCUGCUGCAUCUGGAGCACUUUAAUCCACACUUUGUCGAGGAGAGCGAUGUGCUGUGGGAGCAGCAUUGCAAAAAAAUGUUUCGGUCGAAGCAGCGCAACGAGGAGGAGCUGGAAACGUGGCGUGAGAUGUUUCUCCGCUGCUCCGAGGAACGUGAUGCGAAGUUGAGAAGUCUGACGCAGAACAUUAAGCUUUCGCAGGAACAGGCGGCGGCUCCGAUCCGCAAAACGCAGCUAGCGUACGUUGAUUCUGCCGUGAAGCCACCGCGAAGCGUGAUUAGCAAGCAGGUGAAGUAUGGUACGGCCCGCGCACCGGUCGUUUCACCGGCGGCACGCGUAGCCGCUCUCAAGGCUGGCAAUGUAACGCAGGCCGGCGAUGCACGGUUACGAGUGGCGGCCGGAGUGCGCGAUAAUGCGCAGGCGCAAGUGUUCCAACCGACCAAACCACGCAAGGCUCCGAUGAUGGCCAAAGUGUUGUCCUCGAUGAAGGGCUUCAAAACCAGCUUCCGGCGUUAGUUAGGCGACGUAGUUGACGGUUGGUGACACCGACAGAAUAUUAUUGUAUAUGCCUUCAGAGCUGCAGAAGCUCGGUAGCUCAAGCAACGUCCGAUACACGGGUGUGGCGUUCCGUUACACAAAACAAAACACAAAGCUAAACUCAAUCCUUUAGUAUCGAUUCAAACACCAACGCUCGCAGCGGUUGAUUCAGUCAGUUUUUAGAAUUUACUAAAUUAUAUGUUGUAUUAUCAUUUUAACCACCUCCUAUUCUUACGAUCUUUUACACUCUCUUUAAUCCUAUACUCUUUAAUUUUAUUAUAUUCACGGAGGGAAAUGGACACCCUGACAUCACGCCAAAACUGGCUAGCGUCGAUGAGUCGAUGGGCAAAUGUGAAGAACAUGAGACCACAAAACGUAUGCAUUAAGGAAUAGACUUACUUUCACGAUUUUUAACUUGAUGAUCCUGUGUCAUUGCUAUCGCCAACCAACUAUUUAUCUAUCAAACUAUUUAUUAACUCGCUAUUUAUCAAGUGUUUUUAACCAUAUCCUUUACAAAUCGACAACUUAUUGCCAACAUUUCAAUUUAUUGUGAGCAGUUACGACAAAGAAACAACAACACGGCAAAAAAACAAUACAGCGCUUGUGAAACUAUUCAUUCGGCUAACGAUCAUUGAUUAGGGAGAAUUUCAGCUGACCUGGGUAGCAAUCAACAGAAUUCUUUUGAGCAAAGCAUCAUUGCAGGACCUUCUUAGUCAAUCAUUUUCCUCGGGAUGGGCGGAUGAUCAAACGUCGUUUAAUUUGCAUCCGAAUUGAUUCUGUUUUGUUCCAAUGCAUACGUUACGGGUCGGUCAACGUCAUUUCUUCACCGUGUGUGGUCUCUGCUUUUAAUUUACCUAUUGUUGUCACACUUAAUAGCUCUUACUCGUAUCUUGUGUGUUGUGUUUUGUGGCUAGACAGCUUCUUGUUUCGGUGCUGUAUUCAAUUAUUGGCAUACGAAUAUUAUGAUUAUUGUUUUACGAACGUAAAAUAUAAGCAAUUUAAUUUUUUACCUUGA